CAGUUUUCACACUCUCAGCUUCUCUGCUUUCUCUCUCUUUUUUCUGUGUGCCUCUGGCCAAGCUCUCUUUCUCUCUCUCGCUCUCUCUCUCUCUCUCUCUCUCUCUCUCUCUCUCUCACUCUCUCUUUCUCUCCCACCUUUUCAGCUUCUGUUACUUGGUCAUAGUAAUUGAUCUCUUUCGGUCCUCAAUUUCAGUAAUUUCACUGAAAUCCCAUGUUGGUGGAUUGAAGUUAUUCACUGAUUCUUUUGACUUCUGGAAAAUUUCUGGUGAAUUCCAGUGCUACUAGUUUGAUUAUUGUGUAAAGUUUCAUACUUUACAAAGUAAAAUCCAAAAAGGUUAGAUUUAGAAAAAGGCAACUGACAGAGAGAGGGAUAGAGAGGCUCUUUUUGAGUAACUGGGUCACUUUUCUCUAUCACUUUAAACGCGGGUUUGGUGGUUUUUGUGAUUUUGGAGGUGGGUUUUCAAGACUUUGGCUUAAGCUUUAAAAUAUGAUUGUUAGCUCUCUCUGCAAUGCAGGCGCUAGGUUCUCGGGGGAAGAAGGGAUAGAUGUAAGAAACAUGACAGAACACAAAAGAAGCCCCUGCUCUGUUGAUCAAAGCAGUUUUACUUCUCUUGCAUCCAAACGACAUAAGACUGAUUUAUCCAUCUCCACAAAGGAGAGGAAAGAGAAGCUUGGUGAACGGAUUGUAGCUUUGCAACAGCUUGUUUCACCAUAUGGAAAGACAGACACAGCUUCAGUUCUGCUGGAGGCAAUGGAUUACAUACGCUUCCUUCAUGAACAAGUUAAGGUGUUGAGCGCUCCAUACCUUGAAAGCACACCAACAGCUAAGAUGCAGGAAUUAGAGCCAUACAGCUUGAGAAGCAGAGGUCUGUGCCUUGUUCCUGUCUCUUGUACUGCCGGAGUUGCUCAAAGUAAUGGUGCAGAUAUCUGGGCCCCCAUUAAGAAUACUUCCCCCAAGUUUGAGAACGCAAUCUCACAAUUCCAUUGAUACAGAUCAAUGCUCAGCUACCAAAAUGGUCUUGAAGAUGCAUGCCAGAUUGAGGCGGUGUAAAGGGUAACCAAUUUCGUUUCUAAAGCACAACCCAUUUUUUGUGAGGCAGAUUCGGAUUCAGUAACAGAAAUUUUUAGCAUGACGCCCUUCAAUGUAAUUCCGUGAUUGAAUUUUGUCAUGCUUGAACUCCAUCUAAUGCAGGCCCCAACCAUUCUGGUUUUUAACUGGUGGUGGGAUAAGCUUCUAGUACGGUACUUCGAUUGUAUACUUAAAUGAAUCUACAAAAUGUAUAUUUAUAAACUUGUGUUGUACAAUGAUUCUGACCAUGAAUUAAUGAAUGUAUGGUGGGGAAUAUGAUGGUAUGAUUUAUAGCG